AUGAAAUUCAUCUUACUCGUUGCCCUAUUUGGGCUUGUAGCCGCUAUGAGAGAUCAGUCGAUCGCUGUGAAGGGACGGCUUCUUUGUGGAAACGGACCGGCGGCGAAUGUUCGUAUAAAGUUGUGGGAGGAGGAUACUGGACCGGACCCUGACGAUCUUCUCGACCAGGGAUACACCGAUGCCAAUGGAGAAUUCCAACUCCAGGGAGGAACCGCCGAGUUGACACCCAUCGACCCGGUCUUCAAAGUGUAUCACAAGUGCGACGACUCGAAGUUGAAGCCUGGAGCACGCAAGGUGAAAUUCGCACUUCCGAAAAGCUACAUCACCAGCGGAAAAGUGGCUAAGAAAACGUUUGACAUCGGAGUGCUCAACCUCGAAACAGUUUUCGCCAAGGAGGAGCGUGAGCUCCUUGUGUCCCGUCGUCGUCGCGGGGGAUUCAACGCUGAUUACAUGGAUCCGGAGGCGGAUAGUAAGGAGGAGAGCAAGGAGAGUCAGGAGGAGACCAAAGAAGUGAGAUUGGUGGAGAAGAAGGUUCUGGAUGUCGUCUAG